CGGGCGUACGCUGAUAAGGUGCUCACGACAUGGCGGGCGCUGGCCGACAUGUCGGACAAGCAGCUCGCCAUGUACAACCGCCUCCUGUGCGCCGCCAACGCCUCCCUCAUCAACACCCUUAGUCCAGAGCGCGUCGGGAACGCGUUGGUUUCGCUCGGGAUCACCCUUGAAGGCUGUAGUAGAGAUGAUGUGUUGGCACCUCUUGCUUCGAAAGCGAGCACAUAUUACCCCAGCGUCUUGUCAAGAGCCCAGGUGCGAGAAUUGGGGGUAGUGUUCGCCGGGUUGGACUCGAGUAAAAUAAGGAGGCUCGAUCCAACCUCCUUCGCUGGCCUUUCACGCAUUGCCCUGCGCGCAAUGUCCAACGACUCCAUCUUGGCGAUGAGUUCUUCGCAGCUAGACAAUCUUCCAAUGGGGGCAUCGAUGGCUGUUUACGAACGCUUUGGACGUGACUUUGAUUGGGGGCGCAUUCCAGCUGCUAAUACGACCAUCAACAAUAACACAGAGAUCAACAGUAAUUUGACUUUUAAUGAAAAUUCAAACGUCAACUACAAGUUGACUAAUAACAUUACAAACGUCAACAGCAAUUUGACCGUCCAUGGAAAUACAAACGUCAACUUCAAUUUCACCGUCAAUGGGAAUACAACUGCUACGGGCGCAGAGGCCUAUACAGACGAGGCCUGUCAUCCGCUGCUAGACUCCUGAUGCUGUUGUUUGACGUCUUUGCUUGGUAAGACUCAUCUCGUCAUGAACUGUCACCAGCGGCAACAUCUAUGUUAUAACACAACUGUCACCAGCGGGGACAUCUUUGUUAUAACAUAACUGUCACCAGCGGCGACAUCUUUGUUAUAACACAACUGUCAC